CGUGCACGUGCCUGUGUGAGUGCGCGCGCGCGCGUCUGGGUGCUUGGUCUGUUGCCGCCGCCGCUGCUGCUGCUGCUGCUGCUUGUCACUCAUUGUUGCGCGCACACGGGCAGCGACGAGGAGCACCGAUCCGCCCGCUGGCUGUUGUUGUUUACCGGCUUUUUAUAUAAAACCAGGAGAAUAUCCGUGACUCCUUCUUAAAGAUGCUUCAAAUAAGGGACAUCCUCUGGGGAUUCCUCUACAUCGCCUGCGCAGCUGCCAUCCAGGUGCAGGUCACUCCGACACACAGGGAGAUCAGCGUGGGCGAGUCCAAGUUUUUCCUCUGCGAAGUGGUGGGAGACGCCAAAGACAUCGACUGGUUCGCCCCCAACGGCGAAAAGAUUCUGCCAAACAACCCCAACGUCCAAGUGAACCGCAACGACGAAACCACCUCCACCCUCACCAUCUACCACGCCGACGUGGACGACGCCGGCAUCUACAAGUGCGUGGCGAGGAGCGGCGACAAGGAGGCCCAAGCCACGGUGCAAGUCAAGAUCUUUCAAAAGAUCACCUUUAAGAAUGUUCCCAGUCCGCAAGAGUUCAACGAGGGCGAUGAUGCCGACAUUAUCUGCGAUGUGGUCGGGUCGCCGGUCCCCUUCAUCCUUUGGAAGCAUAAAGGUGUCAGGAUCCAGUCCAACAAAGACGUGCGAUACAACGUGAUGGAUAACGGCCACCUGCUGAUUCGCGGCAUCAAGAAGACGGACGAGGGCGCGUACAACUGCGAGGCGCGCGUCAUGGAGACCGGCGAGAUCAACUUCAAAAUGAUCAACGUCGUCGUUAACGUCCUUCCCACCAUCCGCGCCAGGCAGUCCGAGGUCAACGCCACCGCUGACAUGGGCGUCUCCAUCCUCCUGGCGUGCGAUGCCGACGGUUUCCCCGAACCCGCCGUCACAUGGGCCUACAACAACGUCAUCCUCGAGUCAGGCGAUAAGUACAGUCUGAAUGACGACGGCUCCGAGCUGGUGAUAAAAGAUGUCAUCAAAGUGGAUGAAGGAGAUUACACCUGCAUCGCCAGGAACAAGGCAGGCGAGAUGAGCCAGGAAGUCAGUCUCAAUGUGUUUGUGCAAGCUAAGAUUACCUACAUGAACAACCAAACGGCGACAGAGUUUGACGAUGAAGUUACGCUGACCUGCGAGGCCUCGGGUGACCCGACGCCCUCCAUCUCGUGGAGCUUCCAAAACAGGAUGUUCUCCGAAGGGGAGCAGGCUUCGUGGACGCGACCCGACCAAUACGAGAGCCACGACAGAAACAUCGUCGUCCGCAGCCACGCCCGGGUGUCGUCCCUCCUCUUGAAAAAUGUCGACUUCACGUACGCCGGACAGUACCUGUGCACCGCCAGCAACUCCAUCGGUCAGGACAACCAGCCUGUGUACCUGGAGGUUCGCUACGCGCCAAAAAUUCUCGGAGUGGUGGCGGUGUACACGUGGGAGGGAAACCCGGCCAAUAUCAGCUGCGAGGUGGAGGCCCACCCCGGGGCUUCUGUCACCUGGUUCCGAGACGGCCUCCAGGUACCCUCUGUCAACACCACCAAUGUGAAGAUCUACAGCAAGCAGAGCAACAGCUACCUCGAGGUUUCUCCGGAAUCUCAGAGCGACUUUGGGAGCUACAACUGCACGGCAACCAAUGCGAUGGGUACCGAGUCCAAGGAGUUUCUCCUCAUCCAAGCAGAAGUGCCAUCAUCGCCAGAGAUCCAACAGGUUGAGCCUUUCUCCAGCUCAGCUGUGGUGGAGUUUGACGAGCCCGACUCUUUCGGAGGUGUACCCAUCAUCAAAUAUCUGGUAGAAUGGCGCUUGGACGGCCACGGCUGGACUGGAAAGGAGUACGACGCCACAGAAGACUUGACCAGGAUCACCAUCGUGGGCUUGACGCCGGACACCAUCUACGAGGUCAAGAUGUCCGCCGUCAACGGCAAAGGCGAAAGCGAGAGCAGCGCGGCCGUCAAGUUCAAGACCGGACCGAUCCGCCUUUCUUUCACACCGUCAUCGGAGGCUCCGCCCCUUAUUGUCACCACCAGUAUGGCGCUUAAAGGGGAACCCAGCGCCCCCAAGCUGGAGGCCAUGGUUCAAAAUCAGGGUAAUGCUCUGAAGGUCAACUGGAUCAAGCAGGACGACGGCGGCUCCCCGAUUAAGCAUUACCUGGUCCGAUACAAGGCUAAGCACGUGUCCGACUGGAAACCGGAAAUCCGCAUGCCGCACAGCAGUGAGUACGUGGUGUUGGGCGGACUGGACUGGAACACCGAAUACGAGGUCCGUGUUGUGGCGGUCAACCAGAAGGGCAAAUCCGAGCCCGGCAUCCUGUCCUUCAGAACAGCCACAGAACCCACCACCAUGCCAGGCGCCUCAGGCUCUGGCCUGAGCACGGGCGCCAUCGUGGGCAUCCUCAUCGUGGUCUUUUUCGCGCUGCUGGUGGCCGUGGACGUCACUUGCUACUUCCUCAACAAGUGCGGCCUUCUCAUGUGCAUUGCCGUCAAUUUCUGCGGGAAAGCCGGUCCGGGAGCCAAGAGCAAGGACAUGGAGGAGGGCAAGGCCAACUUCACGAAGGAUGAGUCCAAGGAGCCCAUUGUUGAGGUGAGAACGGAGGAGGAGCCAACGCAGAACCAGGAAGGAGUGGGACCCGCGGAGCCCAAUGAGACCACGCCUCUGACAGAACCUGACAAAAAAAACGAAGGACGACGUCAAGACGGAGGCCAACAACACUGCCGUUGAGGUGAAGACGGUCCCCAACGAGGCGCCCCAGACCAACGGCAACGAGAGCAAAGCGUAAUCGGGAAGGUCGAGAAGGUCGGGGUUGGGUUUGAGGGUUGUGGGGGGGGGGGGGGGCUGGGUUUUUGGGUCACAGUCACUGAAAUCUCGACAAUUUUUACACGGCGAGCCUGCCGUCCCAACGGAAAAGCGAAACGGUCAAGCAGUAAUGAAAACGGGGCGUCUCGUCUUUUUGGGUGUCUUCGGACCAACAAUACGGAAAGACUGAUGCAACGUGCCUUGCAGUCGGUCGCUUUUUAAAAAGAAACCUUUCGAGGCAACUGCCUUCUCGCAACGAUGCGUGUGACGGCCGCGCUGAAAUGGGAGGGGGAAAUCAAAAUCGUUAAAAAGUUUCAAAAAAAACAAAACAAAAAAAAACUUUUUAAUGUUCCAGGAAUAAAAUCAUUGUACAAGUUGAAAUACCGUGAGGAAAAAAAAAAGUCAUCGUGUUACAAGAACAAAGUCGUCGUUUCACGAGAAAGUUGUCAAUUUACAAGAAAAACGUCCAAAUUUGAGUCUAGUGAAGUUGUAAUUUCGCAAUAAAUAAGCCAUAAUAUGUGAAAAUAGUGACAAUUUUACAAAAGUAAUGUUAGGUGUCCUAAAAAAAAAAAAAAAAGUCACCAUUCAAGAAGAAAAAAAUAAAAAGCAUAAGAAAAUGUCUGAGAAUGCGGAAAAUAGUUGCACGCGACGGUCGUUAUUUAAAAAAUUGUGACUGUUUUUUUUUUUUAAUGACAAUUAAACAGUUGUAAAAUCACAGUGAGUAAGUUGCCGUUUUACGGGAAAAAGAUUUCACAGAAAUAAUAUGAGGCAUUUAAAAAAAAAAAAAAGAAAUCAUCACUGUUCAAGGCAAAUCACAAUUUUACAUGGGAAAAAAAAUCUCAUGUCUGACAAAAAAAUGUGAGGAGAAAAAAAAAAGUAACAUGAAGACGUUUCAUCAUUUUGAUUUUUUUCGUUCACACAAAGAAUAAGACGAAGCCAAUUGUUUUCCCCCUUUUAAUGUUACAACCUAAAUUUCAUCAAAUUGCAACGUUGGCGUCCAGCUAUGCUGCGUUUUUUCCACGUACGUUUACUUUUCAGUUUUUCUUUUCUGCGUGGCCCUGUAAUGCUCCGUCGACCAACAAGAUUCGAUAUUAUUUGACCGUGUCGGACUGUAGCUUUAUUUUCACUGACGACAGCCUUCACGAAAAAGA